GACGGAAGGCUGCGCGGUUUGCGGUGACUCACUGUGAAGCUGUGGCCGCGGUUAGCUAGUGCGAGGCGAGCGACUCGUUAAAAUGACCGCAGGACGGCUCGUUCCUGGCGGUUCGGGGGACACGAGAACGUCGGGACCGCAACCCGACUUUCUGUCUGCGUCAUAGGAGCUAAAGAGGUGAACAAUGGCGCUGUGCCCUGAAGGGUGUACAUCUGGAUCAGGAGGAGAAUCUUCUGGCAGUGAGGCGGGAUCCAGCUGUCCUCAGUUUGGGGUUCGCUCCUAUCUGCAUCACUUCUAUGAAGGGUGUUCUUCCUCCGUGUGGGAGAGGGACCCAGAGAACCGGGGGUCAGCCCACAGCCACAGAUCUGCCCUGUGGUGGAACUCAGCUGUCUGGAAGGUGUCCUUGGCUCUGGGUCUGCUGAUGCUGAUGGCAGGUGUUGUGUCUCUCUCCGUCGCUUACUCCUCACCCCACAAAAUCGAGUCUUUCGGCGAGGGAGACCUCUUCUUCGUGGACCCCCAGGCCAUCAGCUACAACAGGGGUGUGCACUUCAGCACGGCGUCCGGGAUCGGGCUGUCGUGCCUGGGCUCCGCGCUGGCUGUGAUGGGGGUGGUCGUCUGGGUUCUGCCCAAGGCCAACCUUAAAGAGCGACUGUUCCACCGACCAAGGGAAGUGGAUCAGCGGGGGGAGCCGGGCUCGAAGUGGAGGGGAUUCAGGGAUGUGAUCACUAAGCCACCAGAUACUGGAGAAGGGAAGAUGCCUUUUACUCUGGCUAAAGUGAAAAAUGUGCAACCCGCUUCCUAAAAAGAGGCACAGUAUCUGAUUGUGAGCCCUUGUUUACAUCUCUUCCCUGUCGCCUCUGAUUGGAUUAUAGACUCACUAUAGACUCACACAUGCUGUGUAGUGCGUUCACAUUUUAAAUCUGAUUUUCUUUUAAAAAGUCUCCCAUCACCAUCUUCAAAACACAUCCAAUUUAUACAUUUUAUAGUCCUAAUUUAGACAAUAAAAUAAAAUAAAUUAUUACUGAAAUUCUUCUAAGGAUAACAAUUACUUUCUUAAGAUUUCCUUACAAUAGAGGUGUUUUUGAACAAAACUUUAAGCCAUAACUGGGUUACUCUAUGAGCCCUAAAGAAUAUUAGAGCCAUCUGAAGAGUUCUGAUCAUUGGAAAUAAUCAUAACAGCUUUACCCUUUAAUAAAAAUGAGACCCAGAGAAAUGACCCAGUUAACGUGAAGCAGCAGAAAAACAGAGCUAUUGACUGUGGGAUGUAUUUGUUCAGCACACAACCAUUAUAAUUAUAACGCACACCCAGUAAAACAACCAGACAGCUUUUUGAGUACAUACUGUAUUGACUGAUCAAACACAAUAAAAGUGUUGGUACAAUGUAAGUUGUGAAGUUUACAGACAGCUUUCAACUUGGUGCAGUUGUCCGCAACCAAGUGGAUUGAACUUGAAAAAUCCAGUUAUAUUUUAUCUUCUGUACAGUGAAUUUGCCCUACAUAAAAUAAUGUUUUACACCGUUAACUACCACAAACAGUAUUCACCACAGAUGUAUUCCUGCAGCUUAAAGAACAUAUAUAUCAUCAUACUUGGAGAGAAUUUCUUUUCAUACUUGUAGCUCAUGAUAGUUACAUUAGUAGCACCACCUGUGAGACAAAAAGAUUGAGCACAAGAACUGAGAAGUCAGCCUUGAACACAGACGUCACCUCGAUGAAAGCAGGAAUAGAAAAGUGCUAAAUAGAAACAAAGAAUAUGUCAGGAAACGGAUAGAUGUUUUAAUUUCUGCUCCGGUACAAUGGGGCUCACAUUUCAGCUAAUCUGAUAAUAGCGGAGCUAAUUUUUAGCUCUGCGCUUUGGUAGUUUUCCUAGCUUGAAAAUGUUCAGCCCUCUUACCUUCCCCUAAGUUAAUUUUCCCAGAUAAAUCCCAAACUGAUUAUUUACUGGAGUAUUUUGUAAACUUUCAGUUAAAUGAAGUUCAACAUCUUUGUUGAAGUUUUGGUUACCCACUCUUCAUUCAUGCUCUUAUUUUGAAGUGGGUGAGCUCCGUUUCUUUUCUUCACAUCCUUUUUUUAGUUCUCUCCCUCAAUAAUUUUAUUUAAAGUAAAAACAAAAAGCACAUGAAAAAAAUAAAACUGACGGUAGAGAUCUAGAUAUAAACAUAAAAACAAUAAGUAAGGGCAUUAUCCAUUAUCCCCUUCACAAACGUCCAUGAGGAGGAUGUUUGUGAGAGGGAAGCUGAUGGACGAGUGUUUUGACUACAUGCUAAAUUCACAGCACCAUCUAGUGGCCUGGCAUGACAACUACAGCUGACGCAGGGUGUCUUUUGCGGCGUUGUCUAAACAUGGAACUUUUCCCCCAAUCAACAUCUGAAAAUACCAGCAGUUUCCAGACUGCAGUCUCAUGUAAACGUAGCCUUAGUCACAUGGUCGGUACAGUCAAACAGUCUCCUUCAUUUGGCUCCUGCACUGAAUAAAAGUAAUUGCAUCUGGCACAUAUUGUCAUAAGUAACAUUCAGGUGGAACAUUUUAAGAGACAAGUUGUUUUCUGUUUAUUAAUGAGAUUUGCUGUUAUCAGUAGACAUUGUUUUUUUUACCUGACGGACAGAAAAAUUGAAAUCCCACAAUGAAAGAGCAAAUUUUCCUGCUCGACGUACUUUGUGUCUCUCCAAAGCCAAAACCUGUCAUCACCUCAGUCGUUUAGCCGCUGAAUCCCUGCCAGAGAAAUCUGUCUCGACUUUGACACAAACCACCUUGUAUUUCAUCCCGUACGUUUGGGAUGUUCCUUAUCAUUCCAGCUGUUUUAUAAUCCUUUCAAAAAGAGAAGCAGUUUUUGCUGAAUAAGAAAAAAAAGAAAUCCAUCCUCCUUGGCUACCUAUUAUCAAGUAGCUCAAACACUUUUUCUGCACAGAUCAAAGCAGAGAGUGCUUACUCCAUCUUUAUCCUGCGGCGUCAGUAAGCAGCUUCAGAUUCAUUUGAUGUAAUACCUUUGGAAAGGCCUUUUCCUCAAACACAUUUUACUUUAACAAAAGCAGGCAGUCGCUCUCCUAUCCCAGACAAGAUGUCAUCGUUCGUAUAUGUGAGCGCCUCUCUAUUUUAGACAGAUAAGACUCUGAAGGCAAUUGAGAGGUGGGGUUGUUUUUUUUUUGGUUUUGUAACUCUUAAAAUAUAUUUGUUAUCCAAAUUGCUCCCACUUUAACAGAUAACAAAAGUUGUUUUCAUGGUAAAGAAGUAGAAAUCUUUUUGCAGCUGUCAAGUAACAUUCCUAAUAUAACAAUUUUAGCAGAUGCAAAGUGAGUAAACUUUACCCCACAGUAACAUAUUUUUAACAUUAGAGAAAUUCACAUACAGACUGCUAUUGCAGGUAGCUAUGGCAACCUUGCAAAUCGCACUAAUUGGUGGUAAGUUGUACACAGUUCAAAUCAUUCAUCUCUGUAAUUGUUUUGUCUGUAUUUUAUUAAAAUUACAUCCUAAUUGACUGGAUAGUUGCAUGGAGCACGGUGGCUGUUUCCUGCCACAUUCAACUUAACUGCUAAGAUUUAAAAGACAUUGAAAGUCAAAUUUAAAUUGAAAGUUCCAAACUUUUUCCAGCUGUUUAUGAUAUUUCUUUUUUUUUGAGAGAGAGAGAGAGAGAGAGAGAGAGAGAGAGAGAAAUCUGAAUUCAUUUGACAUCAAAGCUGCACAAAACAAGAAAUCUCAAUUGGAGUCGUAGUGAUUGGUGAAUAUUUUGCAUCACAUCACCUCUUGUCCUUACAAAGUCUUAUAGUUGGGCAAGAAUUAUCCAAGAUGGAAAAAAAAAAAACACACGACAAUUAACAAAAACUAAAUCAAAUUGAAAACGUUAUCGGAAAAACUAACAAACUAAUCUUACUCGCUUUAGCUUGAACUAAUCAUUUCCCUCAAUAACCUUAUCAGUCUACCUUAAAUUGAUACUCGUUUCACCAACGUGCUCCUAGUCUAAUGAAGAUCUCAUGUAUUUGUUUCUUUUAUCUGCAGCAUUUUAAUCCACUUCAGUUUUGGGGUGAUGGCUGGGUUUUGAUUUUUCUUUGUUUCAAGAGUUUGGCUGUAGAUUGCCUGUCCAGUCACUGUCCAGUGAUGGAGAGGAUUCAUUGGUCUAUGCCGUGGAUUUUACAGAGCAGCAAUAUCUCCAUCCUGACUCAACGAAUUGGUUUCAUAAGCUUUGUGGUUCUUCAGGCAGUUUUGAUUUGAUUUAAUUUAGAAAACAGUAGAAAUAUGGAUGGCAAAUCUUUGAACUAGGUUUUUGUUAAAUUACCAAUGAUGCUCUGUAAUACACAAUGUUCUUUUGACUACCUAAGAUUUGUAGAUUAUUUUAUCAUCUGUAAUGUUUUUUUGUUGUUGUUUUUCCAUAUAUUGUUAGACAUGAAAUGGAAGAAUAAGAAAAGGGCAUGCUUUUUUUAAAAAUUUUAAUUAGAUUGGAUUUCAUGUCUUUGACAGUUUAGCACUUUUAUUUUUUAAUAUCAACGUUAUUCUAAAAUAAUAACUACGACUUCCACAUCCAGAGGACCCUGUGUGAGACCCUCAUCAGUGCGGUGACACGCAGACGGAGGCUCUAGAUAAGAAAAUAUUCAUUAACCAACUGGUUUUACAUUUUCACACAUCUGUGCUAAUGCUCGGUUUUACUGUAUGAAACACAUGUAGAGUCACGCAUGCUGCCACUCACCCCGUCACCCACACACACUGUAAUUUGUACUCCUUUGACAGUACCACCUAUUUUCUCCCCACUGUAAUCUGUUGCUGUAAUUGCCUGUAAUCUGUGUUUCUAGGCAACAGUUGGGCUGCAAGUGCUCUAUUUUGAACUCAGAACAAAGUCUCUCUCCUGAUUGGUCCUUGACAUCGCCAUCUCUCUUUAUCCUCACGUGUAUCAGAUUUGUUGUUUUCAGGUAUAAACAGUAGUAGCGCAGAGGUAAAGGGAAAUUGCCAUCUGUCCAGUUGGGUCUUCCUGUUCGCCGGGAGUUAAUGGUUAAAAACUGUAAAUAGUGGGACCGCCGUAGUGUCGGGAUAUGCUGCAGUAGUUCAGGUGGAUGUGACCGUGUUUCGUCGUUUGCCAUUUUAUUGUUUUCCAGAAAUAAAACUGGGGUUAGCAACAGCAGUGAAAAGCAAAGGACCAAAAAUAAAAUUGUAAUUUGCAUACCAAG